AAAAUAUCGACGAGAAAAAAAAAAACUAGUGAAAGGAAGCUUCAUUUUCUAGAGAGAUAAACUGGAGAUUCCUAGAGAGAGAAAGAGAGAUCAGUUCGUCGUUGACGAUCGAUGUCGAAGAUGAAGCAUCUUCUGCGGAAGCUCCACAUCGGCGGGAGUAGUGGCGUCGGCGGCGGAUUUGGAGACCAUCACAGGUUAGAUGAAACGACUAGACCGAUGAUCGAUCCUACCCCUAUUCCUAGCUCUAGCCCUAGCCCGGCUUCGACUUCUUCGGUCUCUUCGUCCGGUUUUGGUAACGCCUCCGCGACAAUGCCGAGACUGGAAACAUUUGAGCCUGCAGGCCGUGAUCUGGCGGCUGUGGAUGGUGUCGAUUUCAAUUUGAUGGAGGAGGAGUACCAAGUCCAGCUAGCUAUGGCGAUCAGUGUGUCUGAUCCUGAUCCGCGAGAGAAUGCAGAUACAGCUCAGCUUGAUGCCGCUAAAAGGAUUAGCCUUGGGGUUUCGGCUCCGGUCACCGACGCAGAGUCCGCCGUUGACUUUCUCUCGCUCCGCUACUGGGGACAUAAGGUCAUUAACUAUGACCAGAAAGUCAGAGAUGGUUUCUACGAUGUGUAUGGGAUCACAUCCAAUUCUCUUUCACAGGGGAAGAUGCCACUUCUCGUGGAUCUUCAAGCCAUCUCCAUUUCAGACAAUGUCGAUUAUGAGGUCAUUUUGGUGAACCGGAUGAUUGAUCCUGAACUGCAAGAGCUAGAGAGGAGAGCAUCUGCGUUGUCUCUGGAAUGUCCUGACUUUGCUCGUGGUCAGGUGUCAAGUGAUUUAACUCAGAAAAUUGCAAAUAUAGUUGUAGAGCAAAUGGGUGGCCCCGUUGAAAAUGCCGAUGAAGCAUUGAGAAGGUGGAUGCUACGAAGCUAUGAACUUAGGAAUUCUUUGAACACUACUAUUCUUCCACUUGGACGAGUUAAUGUUGGUCUUGCACGUCACAGGGCGCUGCUUUUCAAGGUACUUGCUGAUAGGAUUAAUCUCCCAUGUAUGCUGGUAAAAGGCAGCUACUACACUGGAACUGAUGAUGGGGCUGUGAACUUGAUUAAACUAGAUGACAAAAGGUAUUCUUUGACUGCUAGUCCUAAUUCGUUCUUCACAUGCAGUGAAUACAUUAUUGACUUGAUGGGUGCUCCGGGUGCUCUGAUCCCUGCUGAGGUUCCAAGCAGUUACCUUCCCGUUUCUUGCACCGAUACAAGAGUAUUUCCUGAUGAUCUGGACACAUUGCAACAUCCAUCCCCUGUACUCGAGAAAGAAAUUGCAACUUCAGCAUUUUCAGUUUUGGGGGAAAUAGAUUCCAGAUCUGGUAUGAUGGCAAACUUGUUCACAGGAAACCAUGAAGAAAACAGUGACAGAUCUGCUGUUGAAAAACAUCAGACGGAGAGGUUUGAGCAUGAUUUUGGAAAGCUAAUGCAUUCACAGCAGAUAUCUGGUGAAAACUUGCCACCAUUUUCUGGGAAACCGACAUGUGCACAGAAAGUGAAAGUUAAGAAUGUCUCAAAGUAUGUCAUAAGUGCAGCAAAAAACCCUGAAUUUGCGCAGAAAUUACAUGCCGUCUUGUUAGAAAGUGGUGCAUCACCUCCCCCAGAUUUGUUUAUGGAUGUCAACCCACAGAACUUGAGGGAGAAGAAUAUGCUUGAAGAAUUCCGCCAAGAAAGUAGCAGUUCUGGUGUUCCAUCCUACCCAGAAAAGGUCGUAGAUUCGUUAGCUGAACACCUGAGAGAAUCUGAAAGGAACCCCACAGCACUGCAACAGUCAGCUCUUUGUACCUCAGCUGAGACUUAUCAACAACCACUGGAGGUCGAUUUUUCAAUGAAGAGAAACUUUGAUGUAGAUAAUAUGGGUAAAGUUUCUUCAUCGGAAAAGAUGGAGAUUGGCACUGCUGAUGGGGAGCCUUCUGUUUGUGAGAGUCAUGACCAAGGAAUUAAUCCAUUUCUCGGCGAGGCUGCAAAAUGGGAAAUUAUGUGGGAAGAUCUUCAGAUUGGGGAGCGGAUUGGUAUUGGGUCAUAUGGAGAAGUUUACCGUGCUGAGUGGAAUGGAACUGAAGUGGCUGUUAAGAAGUUUUUGGACCAAGAUUUCUCUGGUGAUGCAUUGACACAGUUCAAAUCUGAAAUCGAAAUAAUGUUGAGGUUGCGGCAUCCAAACGUUGUUCUUUUCAUGGGAGCAGUUACUCGGCCCCCAAAUUUCUCCAUUUUGACAGAGUUCCUUCCCAGGGGGAGUUUGUAUAGAUUACUCCACCGACCAAAUCAUCAGCUUGAUGAGAAGAGACGAAUGCGGAUGGCACUUGAUGUGGCAAAGGGGAUGAAUUACUUGCACACCAGCCACCCGACUGUUGUACAUAGGGAUUUAAAAUCUCCAAACCUGCUUGUUGAUAAAAAUUGGGUUGUGAAGGUUUGCGAUUUUGGAUUGUCACGCAUGAAACAUCACACGUAUUUGUCCUCAAAAUCAACUGCAGGAACGCCCGAGUGGAUGGCUCCAGAAGUGUUGAGGAAUGAACCAGCUAAUGAGAAAUGUGACGUGUACAGCUUUGGUGUGAUAUUGUGGGAAUUAGCUACUUCACGCAUCCCCUGGAAAGGUUUAAAUCCGAUGCAAGUUGUUGGAGCUGUGGGAUUCCAGAAUCGCCGGCUUGAAAUUCCAGAUGAUAUUGAUCCAACGGUUGCACAGAUAAUCCGGGAUUGUUGGCAAACGGAACCGCACUUACGGCCGUCGUUUACACAACUGAUGCGAAGUCUGAAGCGGCUUCAGGGUCUAAACAUAAGCAACAGAGGCAACACAAGUGAAAGUUUGAUGUAAGAUAUGUAGACAGAAGCUGUUGCUCCACCUGGUCUGGUUCAAAGAGCCAGUUUGGUGGGGAUUUGCCAAUUUUUUUCUUUCUAUUUUGCGUUUUUUUCAUUACGGUCAGAUGAUGAGAGGAAAGAACACGAUUGUCGGGUUAGGGAAAAGCUUGUGGAGUUCAAUCGAAGUGGGAGCUCAACAACAACAAAAAGAAAGCCCUAUGAAACCCCUUUGUAACUAUGACUACUAUUAUUAUUAUUGCUACUUGUAACGACAAAAUUAGGUAAAUGAACAAAACAAAAAAAGAAGAAAAGGGAGAUGAAGAGAAUACAACGACCCUGUGGAGUUCUGUUUUCUUUUUGGUUUGGGAUUUUCCCCAAAAUCUGGUAAAUGUAAAAACAUGUGGGGAUUGUUGCUGCUAAUUCUUGUAAAAUUACAAUAAAAAGUUCAAAACAAAAUACCAAGAGAUGCAUAUAAAAACUUGACUUUCUUGUUUGUGUAUUUUUCUUCUUAAUUUCACAUUAUUUAUUUAAAAUUUAAUUAUUUUAC